AUGGGCACCCACGGAGCUCCUGAAGGCUGCGAGGCUGGGGUGGGGGUACCAGGGUACCGGGGUGCUGAGGGCGGGCACAGUGGCACCGCCUCCCGUCGGGACGGGACGGGGAGGGGCGAUUCCCCGGCGGGGGGGAAAGGCCGGCACUGUGAGGCCGGCACCGUUGACCACUGGCUGUGCGAGCGGGCACCGUCCUGUCAGCCUGGCUUCACCGUGGACGCCUUUGCCCUCGCCGUGCCGCGGGAUAGUGUGGCGGCAGGAUGGGCGCUAGGGCGAGUGAGCUUUGGGAACUGUGGCGAGCAGUGGCAUGCCCCGUACCUCUUGGACAACAUGCGCUUCAAGGUGAGUGGGGAUGGUGUCGUCUCUGCAACCUGGCCCCUGCAGCUCCAGCAGCAGGAGAUCAGCUUCUCCGUCCACACCUGGGAUGCUGCAGGCAAGAAGCGCUUGGCCAGGGUGACCCUGUGCAGGUGGUGGCACCAUCACCAUCGCUACCACAACCAGGAGCAGCAAGAGGACACUGCACCCGAUGUGCUGACCUUCCCCAAGCCUGGCCACGACCUCUGUUGGCAGAAGAGGGACUGGGUCAUCCUCCCCAUCAACUGCCCUGAGAAUGAGUGGGAGCCCUUCCCCAAGAAGCUGGUGCAGCUCAAAUCUAACAAGGACAAGGAGACCGAGGUUUUCUACAGCAUCACGGGGCAGGGGGCAGACACACCCCCCCCCGUGGGGGUCUUCACCAUCGAGCAGGAGAUGGGGUGGCUGGAGGUGAUGAAGCCACUGGACAGGGAGGAGAUUGGCAAAUAUAUUCUCUUCUCCCACGCCAUGUCGGCCAACGGGCAGCCUGUGGAGGACCCCAUGGAGAUCAUCACUGUGACAGACCAGAAUGACAACCAGCCUGUCUUCACCAAACAAGUCUUCAUUGGCUACAUCAAGGAGAAUGCAAAGCUGGGCACACCCGUGAUGACUGUGAACGCCAUGGAUGCAGAUGAUGCAAUCAACAUGAACAAUGUCAUCACCGGCUACUCCAUCCUCGGUGAGGAGCCUAAGAGUGUGCAGCAGAUAUUCACCAUCGACCUUGAGAAGGGCAUCAUCAGCGUCAUCGGCAUGAGGCUGGACUGGGAGACCACUCCCAACUACACGCUGAUCAUCCAGGCUGCAGACCAGGAGGGCAAUGGCCUGACCAACACUGCCACCACCAUCGUGGAAGUCACUGAUGCCAAUGACAAUGCUCCUGUCUUUGACCCCACCAUGUACAAGGGGACGGUGAAUGAGAAUGAGGUGGGGGUGGUGGUGACCCAGCUGCACGUGACAGAUGGGGACAUGCAGGGCUCCCUGGCCUGGCAAGCUGUCUACAAAAUCAAGAGCAGGGACCAGGAUGGUGACUUCAGCAUCACCACCAACCCCAAAAACAACGAUGGCAUCCUGAAAACCGCCAAGGGCCUGGAUUAUGAGACCGAGAACUGGUACAACCUUGUGGUGACGGUGGAGAACACCAUCACCUUCACUGUGACCCUGCUGCUCUCCACGGCCAGGAUCCUGGUGAUGGUCAGAGACAUGAACGAAGCCCCUGUCUUUGUGCCCCCAGUCAAGAGGGUGGAGGUGAUGGAGGACCUGCUGCUGGGGCACCAGGUCACCUCCUACAUGGCCUGGGACCCAGACAGGGAUCAGAGGCAGAAAAACACGUACCGCAUGGGCAGUGAUCCUGCAGAGUGGCUUGCCAUCAACCCUGAGAACAGCAUUGUCACCACAGCCCAGCCUCUGGACCAGGAGUCGGUGUACACCAUCAACAGCACUGUGGACAGUGGGCCGCCGGAUGCCACCAGCAUGGGGAUGCUGCUCUUCCUCCUCCAGGACACGAACGACAACAGGCCCAUGCCGGGGCCCCGGAUCUUUGAUGUCUGCAACUGGCAGCCUGAGGAGCAGAUGCUGACUAUCAUCGACAAGGACCUGCCCCCCAACACCUACCCCUUCUAGGCAGUGCUGGAGCACAGCUCUGGCACCAACUGGACCGUUGGGGUGGUUGGACAAGACCUGCUGGUGCUGAAGCUGGUGAGGGAGCUGGAGCCAGGGGAAUACAGCAUCUUCCUAAAGCUGACAGCCAGCCAAUGCAAGUUGCAGGUGAUGCCAGUCAAAGCUCAGGUGUGUGACUGCGAAGGGCUGGCCAAAAACUGCAAAUGGUGAGCAUUCAUCACCAGUGGGCUGGGCAUCCCCACCAUCCUGGGGGGAAUCCUGGUGCUGCUUAUCCUGCUGCUGCCGCUCUUCACCAGGCGGAGGAAGGUGGUGAAGGAGCCACUGCUCCCGCCCAAGGAUGACAAGUGGGACAAUGUCUUCCACUAUGAUGAGGAGGGUGGUGGUGAGGAGGACCAGGACUAUGACCUGAGUCAGCUGCACCGGGGCCUGGAUGCCUGCCCUGAGGUGAUCCACAACGAUAUGAUCCCCCUGCUGAUGGCUGCCCCCCAGUACCAGUACCGGCCCCGGCCUGCCAACCCUGAUGAGAUCAGAAAAUUCAUUGAUGAAAACCUGAAGGUGGCUGACGCAGACCCCAUGGCCCCCCCAUACGACUCCCUGCUGGUGUUUGACUAUAAGGGCAGUGGCUUGGAGGCCACCUCACUCAGCUCCCUCAACUCCUCCUCCUCUGACUACGACCAGGACUACGACUACCUUAACAACUGGGGUAGCCGCUUCAAGAAGCUGGCAGACCUCUACAGUGGUGGGGAGGAGGAUGACUAGGAUCCUCCAGCCCAGCUGGCAGCUGCCUGGUGAAGCCAGCUCGCCUCAUUUCACCCCACCGGACUGACAUUGGUCU